GACGUUGUUUGUGCAUCGCUCCUCCGUCGCUAUAUAAUGUCAGCAAUGACAAGGGGAUGGAGAAAGUCAAACAAAGUCCGCAGACGUCCUGCAUGAGAACUUUGGCGUCUGCUGCGCGUCGACGGACGUCUGGACCAGAAGAGGCGGACUAGACUGAAGACGGACGGACUCCAUUGUCGCAGAAGCUGCAGUCUCAGGUGACAACGAGCCUUCGUCCUUUCCAGUCAGACUGGUGAAACCCACUCAGCUGAGAUGGCACCCACCUUGGCCACAGCUUUCGCCCGCCGUUGGUGGAUGGCGGUGACAGCAGUCAUUGAGAACCUGCUUUUCUCCGCCGUGCUGCUGGGCUGGGGCUCUUUGCUCAUCAUGCUCAAGUCUGAGGGCUUCUAUUCCUACCUGUGCAAAGCACCCGACAGCAACAGCUCCAACAUCAGUCUGUCCAACGUGUCCACCACUGAGACGUCUGACACUGAGGAGUACCUGGAGAUGAACGGCUGGCAAAUCUGCAAGGACCAGGAUGAGAUGCUGAACCUGGCCUUCACUGUGGGCUCCUUCCUGCUGUCCGCCAUCACUCUGCCCAUGGGCAUCGUCAUGGACAAAUACGGCCCACGGAAGCUGCGACUUCUGGGCAGUGCCUGCUUUGCGUUCUCCUGCCUCCUCAUUGCCUACGGAGCAAGUGACCCCAACAAUCUGUCCAUCCUGAUCUUUUUCGCCCUGGCCAUGAAUGGAUUUGGAGGCAUGUGCAUGACGUUCACCUCUCUGACACUUCCCAACAUGUUUGGAGACCUGAGGUCGACCUUCAUCGCCCUGAUGAUCGGAUCGUAUGCCUCCUCUGCAGUCACUUUCCCCGGCAUCAAGGUGAUCUAUGACCUGGGUGCCACCUUCAUUUCCAUCUUACUGGUUUGGGCCGGUUGCGCCUGUCUGGUGUUCUUCAACUGCUUCGUCAACUGGCCUCUGGAGCCCUUCCCCGGCCCAGAGGACAUGGACUUCACAGUGAAGAUCAAGUUCAGCUGGCUGGGGUUCGACCACAAGAUCACAGGGAAGCAGUUUUAUCGGCAGGUGACGACGGUGGGACGCCGUCUAAGUGUGGGCAACUCGGUCAAGCAGCAACACCAGCCGACCAAAGACCUCGCUUCUCAAGAUGCCAGCAAGAUGUGUCUAUCCACCGUCGACCUGGAGGUGACGUGCAAGCCUCCACAGGAAAAUCAGUCGUUCAUGAGGAGCGUGCUGAGCCCCAUUUUCCUCCUGAGCCUGAUCACCAUGUGCGUGACCCAGCUGCGCCUCAUCUUCUACAUGGGUGCAAUGAACACCAUCCUGGAGUCCCUGACGGAGGGACAUCUCAGCACAGUGGAAAGGAUGCAAGUGGUCAGCACGUACACGUCCAUCUUCGGCGUACUGCAGCUGCUGUGUCUGGCAACCUCCCCUGUCAUUGGCUACGUCAUGGACUGGAGACUCAAAGACUGCGAGGAUGAAAAGGACAAGAGUACUGCGAGGGAGCCUGGUCAGCCUCGCCGCCCAGACAAAAAGAUUCAGAAGAUUAUCAACUCCACCCGAGCUUUUAUCUUCACCAACUUACUCCUGGUUGGCUUUGGAGUCACUUGCAUCAUCCCCAACCUUCCCCUUCAGAUUUUGUCCUUCAUCCUGCAUACAAUUGUCAGGGGCUUCAUCCACUCUGCGGUUGGAGGCCUCUAUGCUGCUGUUUACCCGUCCUCACAGUUUGGCAGCCUGACUGGCAUGCAGUCUCUGAUCAGUGCUCUGUUUGCCUUGCUCCAGCAGCCUCUCUUUAUGGCUAUGGUGGGACCCCUGGAGGGAGACCCCUUAUGGGUGAACGUGGGCCUUUUAGCGCUGAGCAUGCUGGGAUUCUGCCUGCCCUUCUAUUUGCUGUGCCACAGCCGCAACCUCCAGCGCCUCAGAGAUGAGCAGGACGAAGACCCAAAAAUGUACGUCAAGAUGGACAACGGUGCCAAGCCUGAGGCCUUUGUGUAGAGGAAGCACUGAACGGGAUGAGGAUGCAUGACACAAACUCGAUGAAAGGAUGAGCAACAAUGAGAAAGAGAUGAAAAGAUGAUAGUUAGGAGAUGCGGGGGGUGGGGUCACGCAACUCCCGCAGGAACUCCGUUCCAUCCUGGACAUGCACACUUUUAUCACCGACACUGUUUUUACCGCCAGUGUUUCAUCAGGCUUCUGUGAGAUGCUGUGGACGCACAAGAUGCAUUCGGAGCCCCCUGGUGGUACGAAUGCAUCACUGCAGUAAAAGAAGAGCGCGCAACAGUGCCAACAGAAAGACUUCCUUUUCCUUUACUCUUUGAUCAUCAUAUUCCCCUUUGCAUCCUUAUUGUCCUGCCUGUUGUGCGACUAAAAACAACGAGGAGUGCUUUCAGGCCACCUUACAAUAAGGGUUGUGGUGCUUUCAUACAAAACUUCAACACGGAGUCCAAUCUUUAAAGCUUUUCCGAUGAUCUAGUGGCUUGUGCUGAAGGGCAUUAUAAAUUCAUCCAGCAGUAUUGGUAGCAAUUCAGUGGUGUUUAAAUGAGCAGAUAGGUAAGUCCAGUGUGCGAAACUGGUUUCACUGCAUGCCACUGAGAGACACUGCUGGAAUACACGCUCACCCGCCCUCCCUGUGUGCUUUGCAUUACCACAUCUACUUUUAAAUACGUGCUCUGUAUCUUUUACACAUUCUGUAAUAUGCCGUAUUGUUGCUUCUAUGCUGUGCGUUUGAAAGAAGUGCGCAGGACAAAGAAGGUGUUAGUGUGUAAAGGGUGGAGGUCACGCUUAGAGUGUGGCUCGGUGGUUGCAAUAAGUGCCUCUGUGAGAUGCCAGAUGACGCAAAAUCAGGCGAAGACACCGGCUCAAACACUUCAAUAAGCAUACUGCAUGCGUUGUGCACUUAGUUCCGGAGCGCACAAAUUUUGAGCAUCUAAGGGCCCUCUCAAAUACACGACUGCGUCUCAAUUUGCACACUUGCGUACUUACACUUAGCUUCUUGAGUGCAUAAAUGCAGACUGAGAAGUACGGCAAAAGGACUAGCAUGUUGCACUCAAAACACGGCCAAAAUGGUGAGUGAGCAGUGACACACACCUACCACCAGUGUUGGGAACAUUGCUUUAAAGAAGUAAUUAGUUGUAAUUACUACUUACUUUCCCCCAGAAAAGUACUUGCAUAAGUAACGAAAUUAGUCCUUCGUAAAUGGAAUUACUCACCAGGGAAAGUAAUGUUACUUUUUUAGAAAAACCUUCACAUAUGUAAAAGUUUUUCAGUUCAGCUUUGCGGCAUGACAGUUGUUUCCUGAGGCUGAGGGCUGAGCUCGCACUUACAGUUGUCCACCAAAACGCUAGGGGGCAGUGUCUUCUUGAUACUGUGCAGCUCUAACUCUUGUUGACUAGCUACUCCUGUGUAGUAGGUAGUAAACAAUGGUGACUGAUCCAGAUUGUUGAUAUAGUGGCGGUUCUAGCUAUGAGCCACAUGGGCAAUUUCCCACGGAGGCAUUCUCUUGAGGGCACCGCAAGAGGGAAAGAAAAAAUAUCCUAUGUAUGUGUGGCACAUGGGCGCCCUCUACAGGCGGGAUACAGCAUCGGCCCGCCCAGGGCGUCAUUCAAGCCAGAACCGCCACUGUCAGUGCAUAAUAACGCGCCACAUUUCAAAGUCAAUAAGGGUAACAGCGUUGAAAAGUUUGAAAUAGUAAAUCAUUAGAUUACCUGUUAUUAGAAAACAAUAACGACAUUAGUAAUGCUGUUACACGGAGCGCAAGUGGGGGGAAAAACUCAAGUGGUUGCAAUUCAUAAUCAAAAAGGAGAUAAGAAGAAAAAGCGGGAUUGUCAUUUCCGGCAAGUACGCAUCGACAGUAAACUAUUUGUACUGCACUACACUGUCAAAACUCGCACCCUUAGGAACUAAGUACACAGUGUACACGGUAUGCUUUUGAAUCACAGCCGCUUACUGUCGUUGUGCACUUCUCUCCUUUUUAAUCGGAAAUUGCAACCACUCAAGAUGGCAACAACUGAGGAGUUUUUUUGUUUUGUUUUUAUUUUUGUAAUACAUUGCCUACAAAAUAUACAUACGAUAACAUCUCAACAAAAUCAUGCAAUAAUUUGAAAGUUCUACAAAAGUGUACCAAUGGAGACGCAGUCGCAAACGAACAUGAAACACAGAACUGUGGAUGCCAAAGAAUCAAGUCAUCAUAGUUUCUUGCUCUGUUUCUGUUCGCAUUCAUCUUAAUGUCAGGCCACUUCAGAGAUGAAAAGGGAACACUUGAAUAAAUGCAUACUGUUCCUGCUUCUCAAGGAACUAGACUACCAUAAGGCUGAAUCGUCCAGAAGAAAAAAAAUAGUGGUAAAUUUCAUGUAACUCACACAGGCACUUCCAAAGACAGCCACCAUCCUGAGAGUGCCUCUCGUGUACAAAAGGUGGAAGAAUCUGAUCCAUCUUCCUCUUCCAGCCACACAAGUGCAUCUAAAAAAAAAAAAGGAGACUGAGCUGAGAGACAAGACCCUGCCGCCGUUGAAUGACUCAGUGAGAAAUGAAUGGCACACGACGCACUUUAGAGACGAGUCCUAGAUUCCUGACUUGUGAGACCAAUGUUGGUGCUGCUGCUGCUGGAGGUGGUGGUGCAUGUUGCACAAGAGUGUCACGUCAAAAUCCAUCCAUACAUCCAUUUUCUAUGCCGCUUGUCUUCACUAGGGUUACGGGUCAAAUGAAGUAUGUUAACAAAAAGAAAUGUAUUUUUGUAUAUUCCCCCACCCCCUAAAAGAACACGUCUCAUUACGUUUUGUUUAUGUGCAGGACACAAUGUCAGCCUUGUCUCUCAGCUCAACAAUGUCCAUGUAAGACAAAUGUAUUUUUUAGUGAAUGGGACUAACAUGGAGAAGGUGAGGUUCUAAGGAUCGUUCAGACGCAGGUAUCCAAUGACAGAAGUGUUGAAAAAUGGAAAUGUUACAAAAACACCUUGUAGAAAAACGUUAGUAAAGCGGAGAAAUGAUACUUGUUAUUUACAGGUCAUCGUUUCUUCAAUUAUCACAAUGACAAAAGACAAAAGUACAUUUUUUUUGUUUUGUCAGCGCUCAUGAAUGUUGGGAAACACCAUUCCUUUUACCGACUCCCGUUCUUACGAGUCGCUCAUUGAAGUGAAUCGGGUCGCACAUACACAAGAAGUUGUUAAUCUUACACUCGAGACACCCGUCACAGAGCUCUUGUGCGGAAACUGGCACAUGCGCAACAAGUCGUGAAUCGGGUACUGACUCACUUGAGCCACUCGUGACACAACUUGUCCCACAUUUAACGUUACAUGUUACCUUUUUCCUUUUUUGAUUUGACUGGAGGCAGCAGGGGUGAGUACUAAGUGAACAAGUUAAUGGAGAUCAGUACCUCUGAAUCCUGAUUCAGUGUUCAACGACCCAUUCACGACUCGCACAUCUCUCGUGGUCAUUAUAUAUUCUGCUAAGUUCCGUGGUUUUGGUGCCACAAAACGUCCUUUUGUACCUGCGAAAUUGUGCACAUUGUGUGGUGUUUCAUACACGUUUACAUUGGUAUCACUUCACAGAAACAUGUUGCUCAUUAUCAUAGUUAUUAGAGUUCUGUUUUUCUUCAUCCGGCAUGCGUGUGUCAAACUGAGUACUCUCUUCACAAAUUGAAUUGACCUUUUCUGAAAAGAGUGAUGAGUUAUCAGGUAAAUUCAGCUUUCGCUGUUACAUCCUAAACCACUCACCCAGGUCAUUGACGUCAUUAACUAAGCUAAUGACGCUAUAGUCUCACUGAUUGAGUGAUGUAUUGAUCCAGGUGCCAUCCAGCCACUGCUUCAUUCAUUGUGACACCAAAUGGAGAUUUUAGCCAACACAUUAAGACAUGAAACAUUUGCGUCUGUUUCUAUUGAACUUUUCCUCACUUGUUUACGGAAAUGUAUUUUGAUGCUCUUAUGUUGUAUAUUUUGGUUUAUUCUUGUAUCACCGUCUCAGACAUUGUCAUUUUAAAACCAUGUUUCACAAUGAUACAAAAAAAUUAUGGAUAUAGGAAAACAAUAAAACGUCAU